AUGGGUCUUCCGAGGAGUUUUAAGGAUCUCCAGAUUCCAGGAUACGUUCUCAAGGCGCUUUACGUCAUCGGUUUCUUCAGAGACAUCGUCGAUGCUCUUUGUCCUUACAUUGGCCUACCACGUUUUCUAGACCACGAGCAUUAUCGACCCGACCCGACCCGACGAGCUCUCUCUACACCAGCGAGUCUUGUCGACAAGAUUUCUCCGGUGGUUCGUUUCUCGGUUCUCCGUAUCGAUCUUGAAGACUGCUGCACGGUGUGUCUCUCCGAUUUUAAAUCCGCUGAUAAGGUUAGGCAGUUACCCAACUGUCGACACGUGUUUCACCAUCGUUGCUUGGACCCUUGGAUCGUCGACUGUCGCAAUAUGACGUGUCCGAUUUGUCGGGACCGGUUCUUACCGGCUGAAAUUUAUGCGCAGAAUGAUUCCGGUUCCGGUUAUGUGCCGACCUGGUCCUUGAUCGAGCUGGAGCUCGUCUUUACGUCGACCGGAAUAGCUCGGAUGGCAGUUAACUGGCUUACGAGGGAGUCGCUUGGUGGGCUCGAGGUCUUCUUGCUGGGCUUGAGUGGGCCUGGACUUCAAUCUUGGAUCAAGAUCGCGAACGAAUCUUGUCAACUCGCUGCAAUCUCGCUACCCGAGCUCCUCGAGAACGGAUAUCGCGUGUUACCGAGAUUCGAAAUGAUUAUGUUUUCGAAUCGGACGGUUCAGAUUGAGGAGAGCGAAGAGCCCGUGCGGCUGAGAUCUGUUGGGACCCACAGCGCGUCACAUCAUCAGCUCGUCGCAUGCAAGCGGUUAAGAUCUGUUGUUUCGAUUUCGAAUUUCUCCAAAACCUCCUUCAACCUCUUUUUCCUCCGUCUCCUCCUCCGAUUACAAUGCCUCCGAAGAAUCGUCAAGCAAGAGAAGGGAAAGGCCGUCGACCUCCGGUGGCGACGGGAAGUUUACGCCGCACGCCGAGACGGCGCUCGACGCCGAAAGCCUAGACACCUUCCGUCAGGAUUUCGGGAUCCCGGACGAGAUCGAGCUCGUCUGCCGGCUGAGGGCGAGGACCCGGAACAUGUUCGUCCGGGGUUUUGCUGCGCCUACACGUCGUAUUGGCGGAGCGCCGGGAUGAUUUUCCCGGUCCCUCGUUUUCUGAUGGAAGCGCUCGCUCAUUACAAGAUGGCGUUUCCACAGAUGCACCCGAGCUUCGUCCGCCACGUGAUAGGAUGUGCGGUUCGAGCUCGGGAAGAGGGCGUCUCGUUCGGUGUUCGAGAUCUUGAGAAAGCUUUUCUCGGUGAAGAACAACACCAGGCUACCCGGGUCGUUUUACUCCUCGCCGAGGCCGAAUCGGCGAAUAUUCACGAACACCCCGCAGAGGGAUAG